UGACCCAUCGACGUGGCUGAUGCGUAGCCUAACGAAAACAAACCAAACCAGCUGUCGUUUGUAGAUACCUUUUGUGUUGGAAUUUUUUAUUCUUCCUCUCAAAUUGCCAUUUAAAACGGACGCCAUAUCAUUUGCAAUAUCUAUCCAUUGAAAUCAUCAAAUAUGGCAGAGGAUGGUUUUGACCCCUGUGAGUGCAUCUGCUCUCAUGAGCAUGCCAUGAAGAGAUUGAUCAGCCUGCUGCGGCAGUCCCAGUCCUAUUGUACAGACACAGAUUGCCCACAGGAGAUGCCUGGCCCCAGCUCUUCAGGUGGUGAAGACCUCACUGUGCCGAUGAUCAUCAUGGGAUGGAUGGUGUUGGCAGUUAUCCUCUUCCUUUUACGCCCCCUGAGUAUGAGGAAUGGGCCUGCAGACUGCAGACCCCACAAUACUGAGAACAGGGACCCACCUUCCCCUCCUGUGGAUUAACCAUCACUAUGGUAACUGUUUUACCACUGGCUAAGGACCUGAGCUGUAACCUCUGACCUUGAGCAGCCGUCACUCUGUAAUCGUUAGCUUUAUGACCUUUAAUAACAGCUCCUCCACUCAACUGUGGCUUCAUAUUCUCUUCUUCAGCACUGCAGGUGGCUGGUUUUUAGAGUGUGUGUGUGUGUGUGUGUGUGUGUGUGUGUGUGUGUGUGUGUGUGUGUGUGUGUGAGUGUAACGGAAACAGAAACAGUUACACCAGGGUGGAGGUUCUUCACAUUCCUUUCUGAUGUCAAAUGGGGUGAAUUGGGGUUCUUGUGAAGUCUAGACCGGAAAAAAGUCACACAGGCAGACCUUGUCAGACCCCACACCCUUCCAACCAACUUUAAUAUUUUGCACAUGUUUGUAAUGAGUCAGAGGUGUGAUGACGUUUGUACGGUCUUAUUUCAACACUGUGCGUGUGUGUGUGUUUGGGCGCUAUGUUACUAACUAAAUCAUAAAACACUACAAAUUAAAGAAUGUAUGAGACAUAGUGUGUGUGUGUGUGUGUGUGUGUCUGUGUGUGUCUGUCUCAGCAUCAGUGUCAGCCUGCAUCCAAAGCAAACAAAUCAUGGGUGGAGUUUAGUUUUAUCGAAAUCUGGGAGGACCUUUUGGAGAGACAUGUUUGGAUGAUGAUGUGGCUCAUUCACGUCAUAGUGACUACCGCAAUCUCAGAUGGCUGUGGAGACUCAUCUUCAUCUUCAAAACUGUUGAUUGAUUUUUGUUUAACGAUUUAAUCAUGAUUGUUCUACAUAAUGCUAUACAAAACACUGUAUUCAUAUCACAGAAAGGGCUUGUACUAUGCACUUUUCCUUAUCUCUAAUAAAGCUCUUAAAACAUAA